CUUUCUUUCUUUCUUUCUUCAACCGAGGUGCGUUGUCACGUGAAGUGUGCCGUGCGAACAUGUCGAGAACAACGGACGCAGGACAAUUCUUCGGUCGGUUGCGUCGCAUUUAAAUUCUUAGCGAUCAUUUGGUGUUCGAACUCCUACUUGCUGCUUCUGGUAACCCGGUAUUCUGCGGUGCCUUCGCGCUGAAGCAGGCGGCCAUGCCGUUUCAGAAUACGGACAUCCAUGGGGUACGCCGCGGGAGGUGCACCGAUGGACACUGCGACUGCCCAGAGUAUAUAUGUGAGACAAACGAAGCGGGUAUGCCGAAAAGAAUAUUGUGCUGCUACUGCGAGCAUGCUCCGGGAAAGCACUCUGGACUUUGUGAAAUAGGUUCACUGCCAAGAAAUGUUUCACAGCAAGAACAGCCCUGUAGCUCCAGUCAGCUAACCAAAACAGCUCAGCCUCGUUUGGACCCUGCACCCCAUGCAGGCCUUGGAGAAUGUCAUCUGGAGCCUCCAGGAACAAACGCCCAUGAAGCGGAUGGGACAGAAAGCUGUGAAGACACAACAAGUCCUCCUAACAUGGAGCCUAUGGAGCAUGAGCCUGAACCACAUGGAACUCCUGGGUUGUCGAAUGACAGCAGCACACAAGUUGGAAAGUGGACAAAGAAUGACCUUCCAGCAUUUUCUGCAUAUCUAAGCCCAUUGCUAGAAGGAAAAGACAUGCAAAUAGCACAGUACGCCCAUCAGUGUAUCCAGCUGCGACAUGAACUGAUUGAUCAUCUCGACAAACACAGAUUAAUCUUGGAAGGUAACAAGGCACAGCUGCGUUGGCAAUACAAUUCACUAGCAGCAGCACUUGCAGAAGCAUAUCCGUACAUGGCUUGGGAAACCACUAAGGCUCAGACGUACAAGCGCUGCCGUUACCCUUGGUCUGUGUUUAUCCAUCGCGUCAGCACCCUCAGGAAGCAAAGGCGCUAUAGACACAGCCGCAGCCCAGCAACCUCGUCAGGUCCAACAACAGAUAAUACGCGUCCUGAUCCGCGCAGUCCUUUCACAGUGGAAGAGGCCAUGCAGGAGUUGGAGGCCAUAACUCCACACACUGCCUGCAUAGACAUUAUCAGAAUAAGAGAGGUCCUCAGAGCGACUUUGAACCAGAGACAGAACCACCCCAGUGAUGAUAUACCGGCCUAUUUCCUCAGGGAAGAUUUGCCAAGUUAUCAUAUCCCGCCUGUCGUGAUAACAUUAGAGUUGUAUAGAACGGUGAAAUGCCAUUUCAGUUGACCCUUGAAGCUGAACUACGGUUCGGGGACAAAAUCGAGAGUCUUGAGCUUUCGCUUCGUUCGGUGAAGAAUGCAUUCAGCGAAGUUACCGGGGAGGUGCCAUCUUACAUUUGCUUGGAGCAGUACUUGCGAUCAAGGCAUUCCCAGCACAGGCUCAUUGUACAGGCAUCAGCACCCUCCUCCGCACUCCUACCGGGACCUACGCUAUUCUUUCAAGAAAACAGCAAGGAGUUGCACUGUGGGCGCCAGGGGGAAUGAGUACAACUGGACUCACUGUGCACACUAGGAAAAGCCUUGAUCCUUUGUCUUGUGGUGUACUACAUAAAAAAUUGGACCUACCCUUUGGCUUACGGACAAAUACUGCUGUUGAUACAGAGGAUACUUGUCAGAGACAGCUUACCUAAGGGCUCCAUGAACGGAAAGUUGAGGGACCUAAUAACUAAGUUAGAGAAAAAGCAUAUUCUGUAACACUCAUUUUGUUAAUUUCCCAAGCAGAAAGAAAAGAACACGGCAGUAAGAUGGA